AUGUCUGCUUUGUCGCUCAACCUGUUGAAUGCCAACUGGAUUAAGACGGACAUUGAAAAUGUACAGCGCAAGACCAAGAUCUUUUGCACGCUUGGGCCCGCUUGCUGGUCCGAAGAGGGUCUGCUGGAGCUGAUCGAUGCAGGCAUGAACGUGGCCCGCUUCAAUUUCUCUCACGGUGACCACGCAAGCCAUCUGGCUUGUCUGAAUCGCCUGCGCGGUGCACUGGCCAAGCGCCCCAACAAGAACGUGGCCAUCAUGCUGGACACGAAGGGUCCCGAGAUCCGUACGGGAUUCUUGGCCAAUAAGGACAAGGUGACAAUCGAGAAGGACUCGCUCAUUGAGAUGACGACAGACUAUGAAUUCCUCGGUGAUGAGACCAAGAUCGCGUGCUCGUAUCCGCAGCUGCCCGAGUCCGUUCAGGUUGGCGCCUCGGUGCUGGUGGCCGAUGGUUCACUGGUGCUAACGGUCACAGAAAUCAACAACACGAGUAUUAUCGUCCGUGCUAACAAUACGGCAACUCUUGGUGAGCGGAAGAACAUGAACCUGCCCGGUUGCAAGGUGAUGUUACCGACGCUGACAGAGAAGGACGAGGAUGAUCUCGUCAAUUUCGGUCUAGUGCAUGGUAUUGACUACAUCGCCGCGUCGUUCGUGCGCACGGGUCAGGAUAUUGACAAUAUCCGCAAGGUGCUUGGUCCCCGCGGCCGUGGCAUCAAGAUAAUUGCCAAGAUUGAGAAUCAAGAAGGACUAGAAAACUUUGAUGAGAUUCUGGCCAAGACGGAUGGUGUCAUGGUAGCCCGUGGUGAUCUGGGCAUGGAGAUUCCACCUGAAAAGGUGUUCUUGGCCCAGAAAAUGAUGAUUCGUAAGGCAAAUAUCGCCGGAAAACCAGUCGUGACUGCUACGCAAAUGCUGGAGUCAAUGAUCAAGGCCCCUCGACCAACUCGAGCCGAGUGUACGGAUGUUGCUAACGCUGUGCUUGACGGCACCGAUGCUGUGAUGCUUUCGGGUGAGACUGCUAACGGUAACUACGCUACGGAGGCUGUGACGAUGAUGUCCAAGAUUUGCGUGCAAGCGGAAGGUGCCAUCCACUAUAACGAGCUCUACCAAGCUCUGCGCAACGCCGUUCUUGAGGUGAAUGGCCCGAUGCAGACGGAUGAGGCUGUUGCGUCAUCGGCUGUGAAGACAGCCAUCGAUAUUGACGCGAAGAUGCUUGUGGUCCUGACAGAAACAGGCAACACGCCUCGUCUUGUGGCCAAGUACCGUCCGCAGAUGCCUGUGCUGGUGUUGACGGCUUUGGACCAGACUGCUUGUCAGACUGAAGGUUUCGUGAAGGGCGUGGUGUCUCGUUGCGUUGGUUCCAUGAUCGGCACGGACUCAGUCUUGUACCGCGCGACGGAGACCGGCAAGGAACUUGGCUGGCUGAAGACUGGCGAUGCCGUCGUUGCUGUGCACGGCAUCCAGGAGGCCAAGUCUGGGUCGACGAAUCUGCUUAAGAUUCUAUACGUCGAGUAA